UAAGCCAAUGCAGAUCAGCUGCCUAUAGUUGCAGUUGCCGAGCUCACAGGGCAAAUGGAGCUGCAGAACCAAGCUGAUCAGCUAGCUACUAGCAGCUCGGUUCGUUUUCUCCCUGUUCCACAUCUUAUUCUGUUCUGAUGAUCAUGUACCGGCCCUAGGGAUCAACCGAUGCUCUGAUCUACAUCGUCAAACAAUAGCAAUCCCUAGUUAAUCAAUCCGCAGAUUCCUGACUGAUUCAGCCGCUGGAAAACUAACCUUCAAACGUCAAAAGCACUUGUAGCAGGUGGUGUGUGGAAUGUGUGCCUUUUCCACUUUCAGGACACCAAUAGAAAAUACUGUAGGAUUUCCCAUGUCAUUUUGAGAGUUCCUCGCUGGGGCCUUAGUACCCAUUUCCCCAUCAUCUUUUUACUUUGCAGCUUCGUAUUCUCUUCGACAAUAAUUCUCUGUCACCCUCCAAACUAUUCCAGUUGGUCAGCAAAGAGCAGUUUGCUGCCCCACAUGAACCACCAACAUCAACACCCCUCUCCCUCUCUUUCCCUCUCUCCUACCGACGCACUUGCAUCUCUUCUCAUUUAAUCUGGUGUACCCUCACGCCUUGACGAUAGAUCUGCCGUCUCACUGCCAAAAGCCAAUCUCAGGACGAGAGAGAGAGAAAGAUAGAGACUAUGAUGGCUAUCAUUGACAUUAUGAAGUUCUAGCCAGCCAUGGCUGUUUGCUCAAAUACUUCAUUUCGAUCCUUGCUUUAUCCGGUUCUCUUCCUCUUACAGUGUGGUCUCUGUUUCACAUCAUGUUUCUUUCCAAGAGCAGAAAGAACGGUAGCAAAAAGAAAGAAACGAGUGAGCAAUAGGGCGGGUUUGUUCAAUCCAUGGACCCUUUUCAAGUGGGCUCUUCCAUACACGAUGCGACAGAGAGCCGGCACCAGAGAAGAGGAACAACCUGAAAUGGGAUAUCUAGCUCAAGCAGACAAGGUAACCAUUUCCACACCAAAGAUAAGGCGGAACUCAGAACUGUUGUAUGAAUUCGGCGUUACAACAUCGGACACGGGAAAAAGGGAGGCAUUGUCUCCACUGGGAUCAAAUAUCUACCCAUGCACCUUAUGCGGCGAUGUUUUCUUCAAGGUCCAUCUCUUAGAUCAACACAAGAACGUGAAACAUGCACUUUCAGAUCUCGGAGAGGGAGAUUCAGGAAGAAACAUAGUUGAGAUCAUAUUUCAGACGAAUUGGAUGAACAGGGAAAGACGCCCUCAAGUCCGAAGAAUCCUCAAGAUACACAAUAGUUCUAAAAUUCUCGACAGGUUCGAAGAAUACCGAGAGGCAGUGAAGGCAAGAGCAUCCAGAACUGGAGAUAGAUGGCAGGAAAGGUGCAUGGUAGAUGGCAAUGAGUUCUUGAGGUUUUAUUGCUCGACUUUUACUUGCCAUCUUGGGUACAAACAGGAUUCAAGCCUCUGCAACCAUCGAUUCUGUAGUGUUUGUGGGAUUAUAAGAUCAGGGUUCUCCUCGAAAUUGGAUGGGAUCUGCACAUAUUCCAGCAGUGACAGGGCACAUGAGUCCCUUCCUGAGGAUAUAGAGGAGGACUUUUCCUUCAUGAAUGCUAAGAGAGCGAUCCUCAUUUGCAGGGUGAUUGCCGGACGUAUUGCACAGGACCAGCGACUUGAUUUGAAGGAGAGCUAUGACUCUGUGGCAGGGCACUGCGGAAACGAUUCAGCCUUGGAGGAGUUGCAUGUGUUUAGUCCAAGAGCUGUUCUUCCAUGUUUUGUCAUUAUAUAUAACAUGUAAGCACUGUUUUAUUUUCUUCCGUUUGUUUUUUUCCUUCGGCUGAUGUUUGUGGUUUUGUAGUUUGUGAAACUUGUAAUUUCACUUUCUCGUCCAUGAAAUUAAGCGUUAGUAUGCCUUCAAAUCUCUGUAAACUAGAAGGCAAGCCGUUUUUCCAAGAGAGAGUGAGGGGGAGAGAGAGAAUCGAUGCUUCGGUUCUAUUUUUCCAGCAACCGAAGAGGUUUAUGGUGCCAUGCUUUCUUUAGACGGUAUGGUAACACGCAGCAGUGUGUUUGAAAGCCUGGCAUCAUUGUUGUGUGUUGCGUUGCUUGCUACCUGCGUGUGAUGCCAGAGUUAAGUUGAUGGAGCCUUGGAAAAGUUGGAAACGUAGAAAGGGGAUUAUCAGAAAACCCACAGCGGUUGAUCUAACUUUACCAGUGACAGCAAGGGGAGGUACUUUUGUUCGCCAUGGAGGUACCGACGUCCCACAACCUUCCCAUCAUGUGAAUUAAGUUUCUGUUUACCAUCGGCUGUAUUUCAAAUUUAUGUUUAUAUGAUCAUCCAUGGUCUAACUGC